AUUUGAGUCACAAAGAGCAAAAUAUUUCGUAUAAUCACUUCAGUUUUCGAAGUAAAACUUUGGCAAUGGCUGAUUUCGACAUCUCCCCGUAUGGAUUGGUCUGGAAGAAUCCCCAAACCCGUAAAACAAUUCCCAUACCUUUAAAAUCUGUAUCCAUCACGGCGUCUGUCGUUCACGCCGUGGCGCAAGUGGGAAUUACCCAAUUUUACGAGAAUAAUGAAAACACUCCGAUCGAGGCGAGUUACAUUUUUCCAGUGGAUUCCAACGGAGCAGUGACCUAUUUUCAGGCAGAAUUGGAUGGAAAAGUUAUCAAGGGACAAGUAAAAUCGUCAGAAGAUGCCAGAAAGGAUUACGAUGAGGAAAUUAUGGACAACGACACCGUGUUUCUUGGAGAAGAAACCAAACCGGACGUGUUUCAUCUUAAAAUAGGUUUCCUAAAACCCGUGCUUCCGCUAAAGUUGUGAUUGAAUAUGUCACCGAAGUCAAGAAUGACCCGGAUUGUCACGCCAUCCGAUUUUUUAUUCCUACUACAGUCGCACCGCGAUACGUGCCACCGACAGAUAAUGACGCUAAAAGCCGUGAUUUGGCCAACAUGUCUUUCUCACCACGUGCUCCAGCGCCUCUCGACAUAAAAGUGAUUGUGUCUAUUCAGGGUGAUAUAAAAUCGGUGGAAAGCUUGUCAUCCCAUAAAAUCCUAGUGGAGAGCAGGGGUCCAAUUCCAGAUCGGCCGAGUUGGAACAAAGCUGUUGUCACACUUUCGGGGAAUGUGACCGAGAUGGAUCGAGACUAUGUGUUGUUAGUCACUCCCAUGGAACCGGUUAUGAAACCAAGAGUUUAUUGUGAGGUCAGGUAUACAUAUAUCUAAGUAUCACGUGAAAUUCAAAAAUAGUUUUUAAUGUCAGUCUGGUCAUGGCCCCGGAAGCUUUGAGGAUAGGAGAGGUUAGGAAACCAGUGUAACCAACGGAAUUUAUCGGGUCGGGCGAAAUGUUUUGAAAAACCCAACUCGGGCACUUUCUGAACCCGAUCCACCCGAGCCUGUUCGGGGCGCGGGUGAAAUAGGUUACCCGUACCAUAAUGAGGGUAUUCAUUAUUUCUUCGUAUCCAUCGUAUCGUAAAAUAGUUUACGAAGAAAAAACAAGGGGUCAAGCUUAGUAAAAAUCGUAAGCGUAGUAACGUGAUUUUCGAUGACAAAAUCUCGUAAGCUUCGUAAGUUAUUUUACGAUACGAAGAAUACUAAGGAUACGAAGAAAUAAUGAAUACCCUCAAUAGCUUCUAAGAAAGGUCACGUCCAACAUUUCGAAAGCCCGAUCCGAUCGCUUUAACCAGGUUGACCCUGUGACCUGACUCAUCUCUAAUGAAAACAUCCCAAAACAGUAUAGAGAAAUCUUCACGCAAUCUUCAUGCUUCAGCGACCUCUGCCCUACGUCACUCCAGUCUAACCAUUCAUAAUAAGUCACCUCGUUUUUAUCAGACUUUAGAGAGUGGAUCCACAGCCGCAAUGACUCAUCUUAUUCCAUCCUUUGCAUUGAACGAGGAGAAAGUUGAGCUUAUUAUUCUUGUGGAUCGUUCAGGAUCCAUGGGUGGAUAUAGCAUUCGAAUGGCAAGCGCUGCCUUACAACUUUUCCUGCACUCUCUGCCAACUGACUGUUAUUUUAGUGUUAUCGGAUUCGGAUCGAGUUACGAGCUUCUGUUCAAGGAAGGAAGUUUAAAAUAUGGACCAGAGAGCUUACAUGAAACAGUAAAUUAUGCUAAAAGUAUUUCGGCAAAUUUGGGAGGAACUGAAAUACUUGCACCUCUGAAGGACAUUUAUUCCAGACCACAUAUCCGUGGUUACUUGAGACAAAUUUUUGUGAUUACGGAUGGAGCGAUUUCCAACACUGACCAAGUAAUUUCUCUCGUAAAGCAGAAUGCCCACAACUCCAGACUUUUCGCACUGGGCAUUGGGCCGUCUGCAUCCCAUUACCUGGUUCAAGGAAUUGCGACGGCGGGCGGGGGAACGUGCGCAUUUGUCGAAGGGGAUGAUAGCAUUCAAAAUGCGACACUAAGUCAAUUAAAGAACUCUCUGCAGCCGUCUUUAACUGAAAUAAAUUUGGAAUGGAUUGGACUUUCAAGUGCAACAAGCGUGGAACUUAACCCAGAGAAAACCCUUUUCGGAUAUAACAAACCACUGCAACCAGAAAUAAUUAAAGAAAAAACAUUUUCACAAUCACCUAAGAACAUACCACCGAUAUUUGACGGCCAGCAAAUGGUAGUAUUUGGGAUCUUCCAUCCUGGUGUUGACAAACCGAGUGGAGUUAUGAUUACCGCUAAUUCGCCUGAUGGACCGUUGACUUUAAAUAUCUCGAUGAGUGACGCUAACGUGCUUGGAAACACGGAAAUGCUCCACAAACUGGCGGUUGUAAAAUUAAUUCGGGAAUUGGAAAUAGAGGAAACCUCGAUGCGUGAUAAAUUUACGAGCGAAAUCAUCAAAGAUCAAAUUAUUUCGCUCGGAGUAAAACACGGGAUAACUUCUAAACACACUUCCUACAUCGCUGUGGAUGAAAAUCGGAGAUGCUUAGACAUUGGAUUCGUUGAACGGCGACAGGUUCUUUCUCUAGAUAGUCCAGCGGGUCCAUCACGUCAUUACGUGUCGAUGGAUACUACGGACGUCACCGCGCAUAUGUCUAUGAUUUCUGGAUUCGUGCGUUCUACUUCAAAGUUGGGCUCUAGGAUUGGGUCCUAGUUUGGGUCCAUUUUUAAGAAAAAUAGGCAAUUGUGUGAUGCAGACACAUGCGCUAUUACGUAUGAUGAUGCUUCCCGGAUAUCCAGAAGAAAUGAGUAUGCACAUUAAACUAGUUUUGCCGGUGAGGUGAGCGUAAUUCACCUAACCUCACAUGAGUUGUGAUUUUGACAUAAGGCGAGCCAAUCCUCGAAUUUAGCGGACCUCAAUUAUUAAUUUUUAACACUGAAGCGAGCUAACUCACCUGACCUCAUUUAGUGUGAGCGUGAGGUUAGUUUGGAUUUCUGACAACUCAUUUACGAUUCAACUCAUCUCAUUUAAAUUUGAACUGAGAUGAGUUGUCACUUCACUCAAUUCAUCGGUAAAGCAACUAAAAACAAGUAGCCCAUUUAUUCCUCAAGCCCUGAGAUACUUGCUGAAGUUACGUCGUACUCAUUGCUUCCUUUCCAUUUAAUUUAUCCAGUGAUAGCCCAUCCCAAUUAGUAUUGGCAUCAUCUUUACCAUCUGCCGGAGAAAAAUUAGUUGCUAUUGUUAACAAGCAAAACUUUGAUGGCUCAUUCUCACUAACAAUGGAAUUGUGUCAGGCAAUAAAUCUACCCUAUGAAAAAGUGAAGGCUGAAGCUUCGAAGAAGGGGUUCGAUACUGGGCUUUUUGCAACUGCCUUGGCAAUUUCGUAUUUUAACACACACUUACAAGAGCAGAAAAAUACGUGGACCCUUGUAGUGAAGAAAGCAGAGGAAUGGAUGGCACAAACUUGCACGGAUAAGAAUACAUUGCAGUUAAUAAUGGCAUCUGCUGCCAGAUUUCUUAAGUACGAUGGAAUAGUAACCGAUUGAAUACCUAUGUUUGCAUUCCAGUUACAAUACUUACAUAUACAUUAAACGAUCCCUGAUCAUUCUUAGUCUUUAAUUUUGAUUAUGACCUAUUUACUUUGAUUUUCAAAAUUAUGUAUUCGGCCUCAUGAAUAAUCUACCUAGUAAACAAUUCACAUGUAAUUCAGCAAUGCCUUCGUUUUCCAUAAAACAUUAUCAAUUAUCCAAUUUACAACAAUAUUGUAGAUUGAAUGUUAUCCAGAUAUUAAAGAUUGUUCAGAUUAUCUAUACAUAAAAUACAACUGGAACGGAUAGUUAACAUGACUCUGCAGAGUAAAAAUUAUGCAAUAGUGAAUUUCUUUACCAAUGGUAAUAUGUAGAUCUGCUACCACUUUUCACGGUGCACAUAACUCUGUCACUUUGACAAGACAGUGUUGACGUUAAUCAUUACGACGGUGUUUUGGGUCAUGAUUAAGGUUUGGUUGGCUAUUACCCAGUAUUUUCCCUAAUCGAUUUUUAUCUCGAUACGCAGUUUUGACUUUCAGAAUUAUCUGUAAACUACACCAAUCACGUGUCCCCGUUAAGGAUAAAUUGGACCGCAUUAAACGAUGAAGAAAAUUUUGAAAAAUUUAUUUGCAAAGGUUAAUUUUUGUAUUCCUGUACAUAAAUUCAGGCGAAAUACAUACGCGAUAUUUUUUGGUAUAUGGUUCUGUUAAACUUUAGCAGCAAGCACACCAAUUGCUGGGCGGAUGGUAGGAACAAGCUUGUCUUUGACAGCAGUAGAAUUUU